GAAGAAAAACAAAGCCAAAUGUUUUUAUAUAUUUGCAAACAUAUGCAAUAGGCACCAAACAAUGAAUAAAAAGUGAGAAAACACGAAAAAACAGUGAUAUUAUGUGCAGUGGUUUUGUGUUUAUAUAUGUGGAAGUUUCUCAAACUACUCUUAGCUAAAAGCUAAGAACUGAUCUCUAAUGCUAAAGAGAUGUUAAGACAUCCUCCUCCCUCAGACUAUUGCCGGCUCUGUGUAAAAAGCUGCAAAGAUGACCAGCACAGCCUCUAUGAUGAGACAGGUCAGGCUAAUGCGAACCAUGAUCUUGUGAGCAAAUAUUUUACUAACGCAAUGUUGAAUAUGGAAUGGGAGGGACGCCUUCAAUAUGUCUGCGGGAAAUGUUGGCAGCAAAUUUUGAAGUUCCAUCAAUUCCAGGAGUCGGCUAUUGAGGCUCAGAAAGUAGCGAUAAAAGAAUUUGGGGAAGUUGUUAAGGCGAAAUCUGAGAUGAAUAUAAAGGAAGAACAACAGGAGUGGCAUAAAGCCCAAGAAUUUGUACGAACUGAAGAUUUAAUGAAUUCUGCGGAAGAACAAAUGGACUGGCAUAAUGCCAAGGAAUUUAUAGCUAGCACUGAAGAUUCAACGAAAGCUACCCUCCUUACCUUUGUUAUAAAAUCUGAAGAACCUUUGGACCUCAACAAUGAUUAUGAAGGGAUGUCGCUUCAGGAUGGCCACGACCAAUUAGCGGAUGAAGAAAUGUCUCAUAUGGCCAGUAGCAAAGAAAAUGCAUCCUUAAGGCAAGACGAUGAUUACAUUGACGAUUAUAGCACGAAUAAUGAAAUUCCCUCAUCAUCUUUGGAACACAUCAACCUUUGCUCUUCAGAUAAAAAUAUUACUGCUACCAAAAAAACUCUAGAGGAAUUUGACGAGUUGGUAGCUUUAUGGCGAACCUCCUUAAAGUGUGAAAUUUGCCAUCAGCUAGUGGCUAGCUAUUCUCAGUUGGAGGAACAUUUUAGAAAACAACAUGCUUCAGAAGUUUGUUAUCUCAUGUGUUGCCAAUUGAAGCUGGAAUAUCGUUACAAUAUUGAGCAACACAUAAACUAUCAUAAUGCCCCGCAGCAGCUUAGAUGUGAGGCCUGUUGCAAAUCCUACCGUUUUGUGCAAUAUUUGAGAAAUCACAUAAGAAAGGUCCACACCAACAAGGGAAAAGAUAAAAGUGCUAAAGACAGCGAAACGCUGGAAGGGAAUUAUCGUUGCGACAAGUGUCCAAAGACCUUUGCAACGAAAAGGAAUUUGAGCAAACACAGCAGUGUCCAUAAACCCAAGAGUAUUGAAUGUAACAUUUGUGGAAAGUACUUUAGCCGUCAGCGUGCAAUGCUUGCGCAUAUGGCUGGCCACAUAGGCGAGAAGACGCAUACCUGCUCCUUUUGCCCCAAAGCAUUUACCAGACGACCUUAUUUGAGCCAACACAUGAACGCAUCUCAUCCCCACGAAUGGAAGAAGAUGCAAGACGAGGCGGCGCAAAGUGCAACAUUGAAGGGGUAUCGGCGAGAAACUCGGGGAGCGAGUGUGGUCUAUGUUUGUCUUCAUUGUUCCAAGGAGUGUGACAAGCAGUCUGCCAUGUACUAUCAUCUAAGGCGAUGUCGAAAUGAUAAUAAGCCAGUAGAGCUUAAAGAGGGGUUUAGGCUUGAAACUCGAGGAGAGAGUAAGGUCUACGUUUGUAUUCAUUGUUCCAGGGUGUGUGACAAGCCGACUUCCUUGCACCAUCGUUACAAGCGAUGCCUUAAGGGGGUGUCAAUUGAAAGGCCUUUGCUGCCUUUUGAAGAUAACCAAACGACCCUGGAUUCGUUAAAGCUCGCGGAAAUCAUGUCCAUGUACACAUGUCCACUUUGCUGCAGACUAUACGAAACAAAACGCCUCCUCCACUCCCACAUAAGACGCAUGCACCAAAAGAGGCCCGCAAUCAUCAACCUGCAAACUCUAAACAGCAACAGGCAAGAAGUUGAAGUGGAAGACAAAGACAAUGUCCUCAAUGAGGCAGCAAAUAAGUUUUUGCUCUUUAACUAUUUAAUUGAGCCGACUGCCAAGGGAGCAUACCGUUGCAAAGUAUGUUUCAAGGAAUAUGAAAACACAAAUUCCCUGUGCAACCACAUUGCCAGUGCGCAUUCCAAAAUAGCAAAACUCGAGCAAGAAUCAAUGGAGACAGCAGAGAACCAGGACGAUGAAGAAGAAGACAUGGCAAACAUUCAACUGAAAGAUCAUGUCAUACGCAUGGAUUCUUUUAAACGCUCCCUCACCGUUAUAUAUAAAUGCAAAUUAUGUCCUAAAAUCUAUGAGAAAAAGCGAACUAUGUUUGCCCAUUUGCGGGAGAUACACAAGCAAAAUUUCCAACGUGAUUCCAUUAUAACCAGAUUUCAGGUGGAAGGGCAGGGCACUGACGUUGCCCCCCGCACCAAGUUUAGAUGUGACCUUUGUUCCAAAGAGUAUGAAAAUCAAGGCUCCAUAUUUUCCCAUGUCAGGACGAUUCACAAGCGAUCAACUCAAAAACUAAAUGAGGCCACUGAUCCAACUUAUACCAAAAUAUUAGCGCGUUUAAAAGUGCCUAGCGUAGAAAUUGCAACACCAAUGCCGCCAAAGGCUUUAUACAAAUGCCCAUUUUGCCCCAUGCAAUAUAAAACGAAUGGCUAUCUUUACGCUCACACAAGAAGCAAUCAUAAAAAUAAAUUUGCAAACUACAACCAGAAAAAACUGCAGUAUCGGAACUUAUGUGAGCGCUCUCCUAAUGGUGGAUUCCGAUGCAAAAUAUGUUCUAAGCUAUAUGAAAAGAAAUGUUCGCUAUACGGCCACAUUAGCCGUCUGCAUCCCGCCAAGUUUAAAAAUGGCCGACAAGUGGUUGAGGAAAACCUUGCCACCAGCAGCAACACCAUCACAAGUGUUUUGUAUAGAUGUAAAUUUUGUACUAAAGCCUAUGACAAGAUCUAUUUGUUGAAUACGCACUUACGGCGGACUCACAAAAAAAGUUCAAAAAAGGAAUCCUUGUUCCUCAAAUACGAGGUGCGUUCUGAUAAUCCCCCUCGCACCCAGUAUAAAUGUAAACUUUGUUUCAAGGAAUAUGACAAUCGUUACUCCAUCUACAGACAUGUCACAAAGAUUCAUAAUCAAGACACACUUUACACCAAGAUUGUAGUGACGAAGACAACUGAUGCAACCAACGCAGGACCAGAUAAUCAUACUUUAAAUAAAGAAGAAGAAGAAGAAGCUGAGGAUUCAUUGAUGACCGCUAUAGAGGGUAAAGAGUUGAAGAUAGAAGAAUUUUCGCCUGAGUCAUAUACUUUGGGAAAUGAGAAAAUAGAAGAUAAUGAAAUGCCAUCAAAAUUUGAAGAUGCAACAUGGGAAGAAGAAGAAUUCAUAAAAUCCGAAAACGAAUUUAUUGACCUAUAAACAGAGAGACUUCAACCCUCAGUUGGAAUAUUGAGAAAAAACAACAAAUAAUUUCCUAGUUUUAAUAAGCCCAAAACUCUUACAAAUGACUUUUGUUCGUUUAAGGAAUUUAGAUAUGCAUAUGUUUCCUUAUUAUUAAUAAAUAAGCAGAUUUUGUUUUCAAGCCAGGGGAAUAAUAACAAAAUA